AUGAGCAGCUGGAAAAAAGACAAAGAAAAUAUUCGAACUAAAUUAGACAAAGGAAUUUUUAAAACAUGUCCAAAACCAAAUACAGCAACAGUGACUUGGUGGAAUAAUUUCUUUCGAAUUCAAGACGAUAACGAUCACAUUCUACCAUAUGUGCAAUGUAUCAAAUGUUUAUCAAUUCUAUCUUACGAUGUAAAUAAGACGGGUUCUAGCACUCAUAAAGCACACGCUGAAUCAUGUUUUGGUGGUACCAAUCCUAGUGGUAGUAAAAGUCAAGAUAUUAUUACAAUGAUGAACAAACAAAAGCAUGUACCAUUUGAAACAAAACGUUUAUUUGCUGAUGCAUGUGCUACAUUUUGUUCUUAUGAUUUACGUCCAUAUGAAAUAGUUAAUGGUAAUGGUUUUGAAUUACUUUGCCAAAGUCUAUUAGACAUUGCUUAUAAAAGUUCUUCUCAAAUCAAAGCAAAAGAUCUUAUAUGUGAUUCAACGACUGUAUCACGACAUGUGAAAAAACGUCGUGUAGAACUGAUUGAAACAUUAUUAAGUGACUUAAACGUCGUAAAAUUAUUUGGAAUUUCUACUGAUUACUGGAAAAACAAAUUUACUUCUGACAGUUAUUUAACCACUACUUUACAUUAUGAUAAAGAUGGCCACAUGAAGAAUAUUGUUUUAAAAACAGUUUUAUUUGAUGAAUCGAAAACUGGUGCAAAUACGAAGAAGAUGAUUUGGAACAUUUUAAAAUCAUUUGGCAUAGAUCCUGAUUUAUUUCACAUUAUAUACGUUACUGAUAACGGUUCGAAUUUGAUUUCUGCAUUAAAUGGAGAAGCUCACAUACGUUGCGUUUGCCAUUGUGUUAAUUUAGUUAUUAAACAAGCUUUGGAAGAAUGUUUAGCGAUUAAUUUAUUAAUAUCGCAAUGUCGUGAUUUAGUAUCACAUUUUAAACGAUGUGAACUUCAAAAUAAAUUACCAUUAACAUUAAAACAAGAUAUUUGCACCAGAUGGAAUUCUACCUAUGAUACUUUAUGGUCAAUUUGGCUGAGUUUUGAUGACGUUGAGCAAAUACUAGAUACUCGAAAUGAAAUGGCUCAUUUGGAAAAGAUUGACCGGUAUUUGAUCAAAGAUAUUACAGAUUUACUUGGUAUUUUCAAAAUUGGAAGUGAAAAAUUAUCUGCUGAUCAUGUUCCUACUCUACAUUCAGUUCUGCCUUGGUUUCACAAAUUAAAAAAAACUUGUGAACCAAAAGAUACCGAUCGAUUACAUAUUCGUCAAUUGAAACAGAAAAUAUUGGACAAAUUAGAUAAUAAAAUUUGGUUGACUGAUAUUCAUUAUAUAGCAACUUUCCUUCAUCCGGAAACGAAAUCCCUUUCGACAUUAUCACAAUCAGACCGAAAUGGUGUCAUUCAAUCCGUUAGGAAAAUAAUGAAAACAAUAGGGAUUGUUGACGUAUCAAAUGAUUUAACAUUAUUUCCUGAUAGUGUUAAGAAAAAAAACCGAAAUAAACGUGCUAAACGCGAUGACAUAUCAGUUCAUGACGUUUUGAAAGAAUUCGUGUCGAAUUCUACAGAUGAUGAAGAUGAUAAUAAAGAUUAUGACGAAGUGGUGGAAUAUAUGAAAUUGAAGAUCAAUUAUCCUGAAGGUGAAGGUAUACUCGUAUGGUGGAAGAAACACUCCGCUAUUUUUCCACAACUAUCACGCUUAGCACUUUCACUUCUUUCCAUUCCGGCUUCAUCAGCUGCUAGUGAGCGCGUGUUUAGUGAAACUGGUCGUAUUCUAGAAGCACGACGACAACAACUACAUCCUGAGUCACUCGAUUCACUUGUUUUUUUACUUCAGUGUACCGCUACUCAACCAUUUAGUGUUCCAGUGAAAAUUUUAGACACGGAAAAAUCGAAAUAUCAAUCCGUGGAAUUAACUAUCAGUGAAGAACAAGAUAUUUUUAUUGAUGAUCGUACAUUUGAACCGAUCAAAGAACUAUACGACUUCACUGCGAAUAUCUCUGAGUUUCGUAUUAAAUUCGAAAAAUUCACUGCACUUCACUUGAUGUCACCUGGUAUUUUCAAUCGAGUAUUUCCCGAUAAUUUAUCUCCCAACACACGAAAACAUAUGGCUGUCGAAAUCUACAAUCCUAUGGUUCAACCAAAUGAUAAUCCAUACUUAUUUCAAAACUUGUCUAUUGAUACUUUAAAACUUUAUGCAACAUAUCCAUUUAAUGGUACAUUUCAACAAAUGUUCGAUGGUGCGAAUAUCAAAUAUUUACGUUUAUCUGGUGUUGAUAUGCGCUCGGAUGUUUCUCAAAGAUUUACAGGCAAUAUUCACCGUUUAGAAUUAGCUAAACAAGCUUCGGUAAUCAGCGUUGAAUACUUUCCUGUUUAUCCAGCACAUAAAUUGGUUAUUAAUGCGUAUUAUGUCAGCGAAUUUAAUCCUCAACAUCCAUCGAAUUAUAAGAAUUUAGAUGAAAUACGUGUUUACACUAUGUACAGGAUUCCAGCUAAGGCUUUUCAUCAAUAUUCAAUCAUUCGAAGAUUAUCUAUUUCAACUGAAAACGAUAUUGAUCCACAUGCACUUGAUGGUUUAGAUAAUUUAGAAGAACUUGUGAUUGAAGAUACGGAAAUCGAUUUGAAUCUUUUGAAUAAUUUACCAAAACUAAAAGAAUUGCAAGUCGAUAUCAAAAAGUUAAAUGAGGAAAGUCAAUGCAAAUUAAUCGAAAAAGUGUCUAAAGGAGAAUUGGCUGUGCGAACGAAUCCACUUGAUGAAGAAUGCACAUGUAUCACUGCCUAUUUGAAUGCUGCUCUAGGUGAAACGCCAUGUGAUGCCGAAGAAUGUGAAAAUUCAGCAUGUUUCGUAAUCAAACAGAAUUAUGAUGCGAAAACACAUACAUUUAAAACACCUUUAUCUAUUCCACGUUCAGAUGGUACAAAUGCAUUACGAAAACGUCAAGAACGUGUUUAUACAACACCAUAUCUAAUAUCGUCCGAAGAUCAAGACAAAUUUCGAAAAGGUGUAAACUACGAAAAAUGGAUCGAUAUUUUAUCUCUAGAUCAACCUUCAAAAUAUGCUGAUGAAAGUGUAACAGCAUCGGAAAAUGUUUGUGGAGAAGAGUUAUCGAAACAAAAGACUGUGGAUCUUGAUCAGAUCAAGAUGUUGGUCAAUUUAAUUCAAAAAGAAAUGCUUGAUGUACACUUAUGA